GGUUUUGAUCGAGCCAGAGAGGAAGAUCCGGUGGAGGAUCGGGAGGAAGAGGAAGAAGGAGGAAACGGCCAUGGAAGAGGCAGAGAGGAAGAUCCGGAGGAAGAGGGAGAAGGAGGAAACGGCCAUGGAAGAGCCAGAGAGGAAGAUCCCGAGGAAGAUAGCGAGCCUGGAUGAUGAUGAGCUCUGGGCAGGAUUUAAGUGGGAGGAAACAAAUAAGAUCCUGAGUGGUGAAAUCCAACCCAAGACCUUGAUCACUACCUAUAUGUUUCCCUGCUCUAAAAGCUAUCCUGAGAGAGGACCUUUUAUUGCGAGAGAAAUGGCCUCGGUGUUCCCCAAUUCUAAAUAC